UCUCCCGCUUGGUUUUCGUUGCCCCUCCCCUGCCAUGUCUUUCACCGGUUUCUUCGUCCCCUUAUUGUUCCUUAAGUCAUAAUCGCAGGGCUAGGUUUUCUGUGCUGCUCGCUAUUCUUGACAAGGAAUCUGCGGUUACUGAAGAGGCAAUCGAGGAAGACGAUGUUAAGAGUGAAGGCAAUGCUUCGAAUCAGGAAGUGAAGAAGCAAGCACAACCUUGUGAGCUGUACGUGUGUAAUUUGCCGAGAAAUUGCGACAUUGCUGAGCUGGUUGAGAUGUUUAAACCUUUUGGCACUGUCUUGGCUGCUGAGGUCUCUCGGAAUCCUGAGACAGGCAUAAGCAAGGGAUGUGGCUAUGUCACAAUGGGUUCAAUAAACUCUGCUAAAGUUUCAAUUGCGGCAUUAGAUGGUUCUGAUGUUGGUGGGCGCGAAAUGCGCGUUAGAUUUGCUGUUGAUAUGAGUCCCAAAAAGAGGAAUAUUGAGAACCUGAAUUCAUCACCCAAGAAAAAUAUAAUAUAUGAAAGUCCUUACAAAGUAUAUGUUGGGAAUCUUGCUUGGGAUGUCAAACCUGGAGAUCUGAGGAGCCUUUUUAGCCAAUUUGGAACCGUGGUCAGUGCAAAAGUCUUGAAUGACCGUAGAGCUGGAAAAAGCCGUGUUUACGGGUUUCUAUCAUUUUCUUCAGCUGCAGAGCGUGAGGCAGCAAUUUCUUUGGAUGGAACAGAGUUCAACAACAGGAAACUUCUUGUUAGAGAAGGUCUGGAGAGGAACGAGUCCUGACUGCAGUUACUCUUCUUGCACAAGUAAAAGAAAGAAGGUCCAUCUUGUUUAAUUGUCUUUAAUCAGUUUCAAGUUUGGUUUUUAGCUAAACUAUUGAAGGAAAAGUUGCCUAUCCUCGUGAGAUCUAUAUUUAGAAUCUUGCAAAGUUUUGCUUUUGAGGGUAUUACUUUAUUUAGAGUCUUUCAUAGAGAACAUUCAUUAAAAGCAGUCAUUCUUAGAAUUCCUUGUAUAGUACACAAGUUUCUGCUCUGGAUUUACUUGGCCAAUUUGUUGUUUUCAUUUUUCUAAUACGGAAGUUCAUUUAAGGGUGUGCUCUGACACAGCACUACUAGUGUUUUUCAUGGUUAUUUGAACUUAAUAACACCUUCUGAAAGUUUGUAUUCA